GGGAGGCUCUACGCUGACAGUCGAAACCAGCUGCGUCUGAACAGAGGACGUUUUGACUGUUUAUUUUAUAAAAAGGUUGACUUAUUGCAAUUAGCGGGCAUAUGUUUUAUAGCUGUAGCAUAGCCGUACAUCAGUGACAUAUCAGACAGUUGUGCAUUAACUUCACACAAAAUCUUUUGGCUAUACUGUUUCGACCAAGAUGAGAAUGAGAACCGAAACAUCAUAAACAGAAACAACUCUCCGGACUCUAACCUACAGAGCAUAAAGCAAAGGGUGAGUUGUCGAAUAGGAGAAGCAUGUCUUUAUUUCCAGACCUAAACUGUCCCACAGUCCCACUUUCCAACGGAAUGCAGAUCCCAAUACUUGGUUUAGGUACAUCACAUGAUGGUGGAUAUUCUCAUGAUGCCAUUGUGUAUGCACUCACUGAGUGUGGCUUGCGCCAUAUCGACACAGCAAAACGCUACGGCUGUGAGAAGAACCUGGGCAAAGCUAUUAAAGAAAGUGGGCUCCAACGGAGUGACCUGUGGCUCACUAAUAAACUAUGGCCUGGAAACUAUGGAUUCAAAGCUGCAAAAAAGGCCUGCCUUGACUCUUGCACGGAGAUGGGGGUUGAUUAUUUUGAUCUGUACCUGAUGCACUGGCCAGGGUCACAGAGACCUGGUUGUUCCAAUAGAGAGAUGAGAGCCGAAACCUGGAGAGCUUUGGAAGAACUUUAUAAGGAAGGGGUGUGUCGUGCUAUUGGGGUGAGCAACUUUCUGGUCCAUCACCUGGAGCAGUUAAAGGAAGAUUGUUCUGUGGUGCCACAUGUUAACCAGGUUGAGUAUCAUCCUUUCCAGCAGCCCAAUCGCCUGAUGGAGUAUUGUCAUAAAGAGGGGAUUGUGUUUGAAGGGUACAGUCCCUUGGCCAAGGGUCAAGUCCUCAACAAUCCCAUCAUUUGCCAGAUUGCACAAAAGCAUGGACGAACACCAGCUCAGAUCUGCAUCUGCUGGAGUAUUCAGAAUGGAGUUGUGACCAUACCAAAGUCGACCAAAAAGAACAGGAUACAAGAAAACUGUCAAGUGUUUGAGUUCCAGCUGGAGGAGGCAGAUAUGACCGCCUUGGGAAAAUUACAUGAUGGAAGACAUGUAACUUGGGAUCCAACAAAUGUGGAGUAACAAUAACAGGAAAGAUUUAAUGUGCGUUUCCCAAGAGCCAACUUUGUCAGUAGUGGCUGGGUAAAGAACUAAAGUACAAGAUUUAGAUUUUUUUUUUUUCUCGAAUUCUCUUUGUAUAAAACCGACAGUGAUGCAGCGUUAAUUCAUCUCUGCUACUUCUUCCACUGUGUGCAAAAAAUGCACACACAAAGGGAGCAAAAGAUACAUUUUGCAAGUAUACUUUUCAUAUAAAGGUAGUUUAUUUUGUUGUUUACAACAGUCUAGCUUUAAAUGAAAACAGCUUAAUUUUUAGAGCUGGUUCAUCUGCAUUUAAUUCUAAAGAUUUUCACAGUUCUGCUUAAAAUUUCAUCACAAAAUGUAAAUGAGGAAAAUGAUAACCACCAACACUGCUCACAUUCAGCAAUCUUUCCUGUAAAAAUGUUUGUUCUUGUGAUCACUUCAUUCGAGUAUGAAAUUUUUAAAAUUUUACAAUUUCAGACUUAGAAAAUUGGAAGUUUAAUACUGAAUAUGUUUAACUCUUGAUUUUAAUGAAACCAAAAUACUUUUAGAAAGUUUUAGUGUAUCAAGUUAUGGGGUUGCAGUAGCAUGUGGUUUUAACCGUAGGCACAGCUUUUUUUAUAUAAAAAAAAUUAAAAUUGAAUAUACUUUGAAAGACUGGAGUUAGUCAUUAUUAUUAACCAUAAUCAUAAUGUAUAAGUUGUACUGUGUUACUUUAUGUAAAACCUGAGAGAAAGUGGCUCAUUUACUUACUUGCUGGGAAAAUCAGUACUCCCCUCUUUAGGUUAUUGUUGCACAAGGCUGAAAACAGCUUGGCUCUCUCCAGGGGGGGCAGCUUAUGGUUUCCUACUCAAACCUGAAGGUGAAGUCUUUCUCAUCCCACCUUUCAGUUGUUUACUGGACAAAAACUGUGUUGUCAAUAUCUGUUUAUCAUAUAAUCCACUGUAAGAAUGUUUACCAUCUUUAUUUAAUAUCGUUUACUGAUCAUUUUUCUCUUAACUAGGUAAGCUUUGUGGGUACAGAGCUUUGUAAUCAGCCUCCUAAUUAGCAAAAGCUAAUUCAACAUUAGAGAAGGUGCUUGCUAAAACUAGGAAUUUAUAUCAAAAUCAGGUGCACAUUGUGAUGAAAACUAAUAAUCUGUGAUAACUUGGUUUUUAACAAAAUCAACAGUCUGUCUCUUCUAAAGCCUGUGAAGCUUUCUGUGGAUUCACAUGAAAGCGAAAUGGCACACUGUGGUAUGCGAGCCUCACCUUCAGGAUGAUGCACACUUAAGCAGAACAAAGCGUGUUCUGUUUUAUGCAAAACAUGGAGAUUAAAUAAGAAACAACAAAGUUCUCCUCAUUCUUCUAAAAAUCAUCUGCUUUCACUGCCUUGCUCAGUUUAGAAUGCUGAAUUAAUACUUUGCAUUUUGCUCAGUUUUCCCUUCUGUACAGAAACUGAGCAACAGUUAAAUAAAAUG